AUGCUCUUUCCUGCUGAUGGAAUCCGAUCUAAAGAACUAAUCACGUGUACAUAUGGUUAUGGCCCUCUGAGAGCAAUGGACAAGUUAGACAAUGAUAUAAAAGCCGUACCUAAAGAUAUUCCCGUGUUCAUUAUUUCUUUUAACAGGGACAUUUUGUGCUACUGCUGCGUAUCGCUAAAGUUCUACAACGGACUCCACAUAAAGAAUAAAGAGAUGCGGACACAGGCGGAUAUGGAGCAUACCAUCAUUUGGUAUCUGGGGAAUCAGAAGGUCUCGAAGAAAAUCGUGGGUUGGAUUAUGGGUCUGUUUUAA